AUGUGUUUCUCCGUAGUGCUACUAAUUAGCAAGCGCAUAUUCCUUAACUGCUUGUACCAGUUCCACAGUGGCUUGUAUACAGAGUCUUGCUUUGUCUUAACAGAAGGCUGGUAUGAAGAUGGAAUAUUCCACGUCAGCGCUUUUGGAUUCCCACCUACGGAGUCUUCUGCUACCACUAGGGCAUAUUAUGGAAACACAAACUUUUUUGGAGGGCCUUCUUCGACCUCUGUAAAAGCUUCUGCAAAACUGAAACAGUUGGAGGAAGAGAACGAAGACGCCAUGUUCGUAUUCCUUUCCGACGUUUGGCUGGACCAAGCGGAAGUGUUGGAGAAACUUCGGAUCAUGUUUUCAGGUUACUCCUCGAUGCCUCCGACUUGUUUUUUCUUCUGUGGGAACUUUUCUUCCGCCCCGUAUGGAAAAAAUCAGAUUCAGUCACUGAAAGGUUCCUUGAAAGCCCUGGCAGACGUAAUAUGUGAAUAUCCCAGUAUCCAUCAGAGCAGUCGCUUUGUGUUCAUUCCUGGCCCCGAAGACCCUGGCCCCGGCUGCGUUUUGCCAAGGCCGCCGCUUACUGAAAACAUCACCGAGGAAUUCAGGGAGCGAGUGCCGUUUUCUGUUUUCACUACAAAUCCUUGCAGGAUUCAGUACUGCACACAGGAAAUAAUUAUCUUCCGAGAAGACCUGGUAAAUAAGAUGUGCCGGAAUUGUGUCCGUUUUCCUAGCGGCGGUAUGGACAUUCCUAACCAUUUUGUAAAGACUAUCUUGUCACAAGGCCAUCUGUCUCCGCUCCCUCUUUACGUGAGUCCUGUGUACUGGGCCUACGACUACACCUUGAGAACCUACCCUCUGCCAGACGUUAUUGUUUUUGCUGACAAAUACGACCCAUUCACCGUGACCAACACUGAUUGCCUCUGCAUAAAUCCUGUAAGUUUCUUUUAA